CGGCCGCCAGGGCACGUGACGGCUCCUCGCAGCCCGCCCCCGGGGCUGGUUGGCUGGGCCGCACCAGGCGCGCGGCGGCCGCGAACCCUCCGGGCUCCGGCACUGGGAGGUGCUGCUGCGCCCGCAGCUUACAAAGGCGGCGGACAGCUCCCGCGCCCCAUGACUCGCCGCCGCCCUCUCCUCCUGCAGGCUGCAUCCAGACGCCUCCUCGCAGGAGAACUACAGUAAAGAAACACAGGAAAAGUUGUCUUAACACAAGUUCACUUUUGAACAAGCUGGUACAAUGGAUAUGAACACUCUUUUCUCCUGUGGUGAGUUUUUGAUAAAUGGACACUGACAUGGACUACGAAAGACCCAACGUUGAAACCAUAAAAUGUGUGGUGGUUGGUGAUAAUGCAGUGGGGAAGACUCGCUUAAUUUGUGCAAGGGCAUGCAAUACCACUUUGACACGGUAUCAGCUGCUGGCAACUCACGUACCGACCGUCUGGGCAAUUGAUCAGUACCGUGUCUGCCAAGAGGUACUUGAACGCUCCCGGGAUGUUGUUGAUGAAGUGAGCGUUUCUCUCAGACUCUGGGAUACUUUUGGCGACCAUCACAAAGACAGACGUUUUGCUUAUGGAAGGUCUGAUGUAGUUGUUCUGUGUUUUUCAAUUGCUAAUCCUAAUUCCUUGAAUCAUGUGAAAACAAUGUGGUAUCAAGAAAUCAAGCACUUCUGUCCUCGCACACCUGUUAUUUUGGUUGGCUGCCAACUGGAUCUUCGUUACGCUGAUCUUGAAGCUGUUAAUCGAGCGAGACGGCCUUUAGCAAGGCCUAUAAAAAGGGGAGAUAUUUUACCUCCAGAAAGAGGCAGAGAGGUUGCCAAGGAGCUUGGAAUACCAUAUUAUGAAACUAGUGUGUUUGACCAGUUUGGAAUUAAGGAUGUUUUUGAUAAUGCAAUCAGAGCUGCACUGAUAUCCAGGAGACACCUGCAGUUCUGGAAAUCACAUUUAAAGAAGGUCCAAAAACCUUUACUUCAGGCUCCAUUCCUACCUCCAAAGGCACCUCCUCCAGUUAUUAAAAUCCCAGAGUGUCCUGUAACAAGUAUGAAUGAGGCUGGAUAUUUGUUAGACAAUCCAUUGUGUGCAGAUGUUAUGUUUGUUCUUCAGGAGCAGAAUCACAUUUUUGCUCACAAGAUUUACCUAGCUACCUCCUCUUCAAAGUUUUAUGACCUUUUUUUAAUGGAAUGUGAAGAAUCUCCAGACUUCAGUGAAAUACAGUGUAGUACAGAUAAGACCAGUAGGGACUUCCUGUCUAGAACAAGUCAUCUUGAAACAGAUGAUGACAGUGAUGAAGCAAAUUUAAAAACUUUUGAUGCCAAACUUCCAACACCAGAAACAGAUGGGACUUUAAAGAUGCUAGAACUUGAAACUGAAGAAACUAGUUCUACAAGGAGAGCUUUGUCCUCCUUGGGUAAAGGGUUUGUUAGUAUGCAUAAGGAAAUACAAAUCAACCCUGUAUCUAAUAGGAAAUGUCCUGUAACUGUGGUCAAGAUGGAUUCCUCUGUUCAGCCUGGGCCUUUUAAAACUGUUUUACAAUUUCUGUAUGCUGGGCAACUGGAUGAAAGUGAAAAAGAUCUGACAAGAUUAGCACAGAUUGCUGAAAUCUUGGAAGUAUUUGACUUGCGGAUGAUGGUGGAAAAUAUUAUGAAUAAAGAAGCCUUUAUGAAUCAAGAGAUUACUAAAGCCUUUCAUGUCAGGAAAGCUAACCGGAUAAAAGAGUGUCUUUGCAAAGGUACAUUUUCUGAUGUUACAUUUAAGUUGGAUGAUGGAAGCAUAAAUGCCCACAAGCCACUGCUGAUUUGUAGCUGUGAAUGGAUGUCUGCUAUGUUUGGAGGAUCAUUUGUUGAAAGUUCAAACAGUGAGGUUGUUCUUCCCAACAUAAACAAGACUUCUAUGCAGGCAGUUCUGGAUUAUUUGUAUACCAAGCAAUUAUCAUCGAGUCAGGAGUUGGACAUGCUUGAAUUAAUUGCACUGGCAAACAGAUUUUGCCUCCCACACUUGGUUGCACUGGCAGAGCAGCAUGCUGUGCAGGAGCUGACUAAAGCCUCAGGGAAUGGCAUUGGCAUAGAUGGUGAAGUACUCUCCUAUUUGGAAUUGGCCCAGUUUCACAAUGCUAAUCAGCUGGCAGCGUGGUGCUUGCACUACAUCUGCACCAAUUACAACAGUGUUUGCUCCAAAUUCCGCAAAGAAAUAAAAGCAAAAUCUCCAGAUAAUCAAGAAUAUUUUGAGAGACAUCGCUGGCCUCCUGUAUGGUACUUAAAGGAAGAAGAUCACUACCAGCGUGUUAAAAAGGAAAGAGAAAAGGAAGAUAUUGCACUGAAUAAACAUCAUUCAAAACGGAAGUGGUGCUUCUGGAAUUCCUCUGCUGUAGUUGCCUGAGCAAAGCAAAUACAUGUAAACACUACAAUGGUGUAAUUAUAACACUGCUCUAAAAUUAGUCUUAUUGUUAGAAAUAAGAUGUAGUUCAGGUUCCCGGCACUGAUUUUAUUCCAUGUUUUGCAUUUAUCAUUUUUAGGGUCAAAAGCACAAGCUCAGCUAUAGUGAGCCUGGAAUAGUUCCUUAAACUGAUAUGUAUAUUUUUCGUUAGUAAGCAAAAUAAGCACCAUUAUUACAUUUCUUUUUAUACAAAAACAAAUCCAGCAUUAAUGUUUCAAACUCUACAUUGGGAAAUAUUUUUAUACUAUCUUGUGUAUUUUGUUUAAAUAAAAAUUCAGGGGUAUAACUUUAUUUUACAGACCACAAAAUAACCACAUAGCAGCUUUGUAAUUAGAUUUUAACUAUUUUUCUUAUGUGAGUACAGCGAAAUAUAAACUAACAUGCCCUCUUAAUAGAUAACAUUCUGUCUUAAGUGACCAAUUUAAAAGUACCCAGUGAAAAUUAUCACCUUAGUUAAAAAUAAGCUUCUACUAGGCGACCAGUUUUUGUCCCUACGUUCUAUGCACUCAUAACAUAAUUAGAUGGUUAUUUCUUCUUUCUAAAGUAAAGGGUUAUAAUAAGAUCAAAUAACUGCAAGUUAUAGAGCAUUUGAUCUUUCUUCAAUUGAAUAAUAGGCAGUAUGAUUACCUGUUCAGCUGCAGGAACAUGUAUUUCUAAUAUUUGCCAUGUAAGUGCAUAGAAUUAUGGUUAUAUGGGGCAUGUGAAAUCUAGUGAUUCUAAGUAUUCAGAGGUUUUAAAGGUCUAGAUUGAAGAGGAUAAUUUUAAAAUCAUUAGAAGGGCUUAUUAAUUUAUAUCUUUAUCCAGGGCAAACUCAGUAUGGAUCUGAAUACAAAAAGCAAAUAUGCUGGUAGUCUUGGAAUUACUGUAUUAUAGUUGGUUCAGGGGCGGCUCCAGGCCCCAGCACGCCAAGCGUGUGCUUGGGGCGGCAUGCUGCAGGGGGCGCUCUGCCGGUCACUGGGAGGGCGGC